AUGUCCGACUUCAAGCAGGAGAUCGAAAGGCUUCAGGAUGAAGUGAAGACGAUAGAAGGUCAAAUUAGAUCAAUCAAAGAGAGUUUUGGACAAAAGACGGAAGAAGACCUGAGAAAGCUCGAGGAAGAAGCUGAAGCGCGACGGAUUCUCAUGAAUCAGGAGUUUCAGCAAAAGCUCCGGGAAAUCGCUGAAAACAUUAAUAAUAAUGUCGCGCAAGCCAAAAUUGUAUUGCAACAACGUGAGGUUGAACAAGAGGUGAUGAAAAUCAGGAAACGACAGGAGAUCGACAAGUUGGUCGAAGAGAGGAAGAAGAACGAGCUGAAGGACUUGAGUCGGCAGGUCGAAGAAACUUCAGAGGAUUGUCAAUUGGACUUCCAACACGACCAGGACAAGAAGCUGAUCAACCGGGAGACCGAGGAGAAGACAGUUCAGAUCAGGGAGAAAAAAGACCAAAUCGAGAAAGCCACCCAUCAGCUCAUCGCCAACGUCCAGCACAACAACAGGGUGCAAACUCUUGAGGCGAAUAUUCAUCAGAAGUUGGAUGACGUCAAAGGCAGACGGAACGACGUCAUGCAGGAAAGUUUCGACGUGACGGAAACGGUUGGUUCUAUUUUUUCUCUCGAACGUUUUACGGGUUCUUGCGAAAGGCAAUUCUUGAUGAGUUUUUGAUUUUUGAAAGAUACGAUUUAUGAAAGAUUGCAGAAUGAGGCUUGCGAAAUUCUUAUAUUACUAGUACUGGCUUUAUCUAGACUUUCGGGAAACGCUUGCUCAAAUUUAAAGAAAAGGAAAAUUUUUGAAUUUCUGAAAACAAUAUUCCAGUUUUUCAAGCGCAGCCAAUCCUGUUCCCAAUCGUUUUUUUCCACUAGAAAGGAACGAUUAUGAGAAUGAAAACGAAAAAAUGAAGAAUUGCUUCUAGUCAAGAGUUACUAGCAAAAUACAGCCUAUCAAGAAAAUAGUACCCCAUAUUAAAUAAGGAUUUGCUUUGAGCCAGAAAUCGAUCCAAAAACAAUAUUCAUGAAAUCCGCAUCGAAUUUCCCUCUUAUUCUGGAUGCUUCAAACUAUAAGUCCUUGACGAAAGGGGGGCAGAGAAGCAACUUCAUACAGCAAAAGAUCGAUUUAACCUAUCUUUUUUCUUUUGGUUUCUGUCAUGUGAUGAGAGAAAAUUUCUCACGAAAAAAAGACAUCGAUUAAAUUGCGAAAAAUCUAAUUGUUUUUGGAUCAAAUGAUGAAUUCUUCUGUGCUUUUUGAAAAAUGGAGGUUUUUUUCAGAUAGAAGAGUACACAUUGCUGCAGUCGGAAAAGGACAAAGAAAUGGAAAAAACUGUAAGUAUUUUUCCUUUGUUCUUGAUUCUACAAGAUGACCCAUGGAAUGGCUCGGAGCGUUUCAGAGCGUUCGGGCUUUUUAAACAGACUGGCAUUUGAGACUUAUCCUAUAGCCACGCCCGACCUUCAAAAGACGCCGCAGCGCGAAAGUAGUUCCAAGUCGGGUGCAUUGGAAACUCGAACCAUUCUUGACAUUACCACGCAAAAUAAUUCCAGUAAACGAUCGAAUUCGAGAUCUUUCAGGCUAAAAAAUGUGAGCUGCAACUGACAAGCCUCAAGAACUCAUUGAACAGUUUCAUCGAGGCAACUACAAAAAUGGCCAAGAGCCAACUGAACCUUCCUCCUGUAGUUCAUGAUAAGUUGCAGGUGAUCAAGUUUAUUUCACGAAUAAUUUUCUCUUUGAAAAAAAGGAAAUUUUUUUUGACGACGAGAGAAAAGAGAGCGCAGACCAAUCAAAAUGUUUCAAGUCGUGCUGAACGAAUUAUAUACAGUUUAGCGUCACAGAAAAGCCAAAUUGAAUUUUUUUAACUCAAUAAUUACCCGCUUUUUCGGUGUCAGAAGACGAAAAAAAAAAAUCAAGCUGUAUUAAUUUUCCUGAUUUUCAAAAUUUGGAGAUCGUUGUCAAAAACUUGGAAGGGACCGCACAGGAUGCUCUACAGACAACGGUUCCAUUGAUUGCGACAGCUAAGGUAGCUUUAUCGCUUUUUUCCAAGCCUUUUUGCAUCUUGAAGUGGAAGGAAGAAAUGGUUAAAGAGCCGCUCGAAAUCAAAAUAUUCUUUCCAAAGUUUUCUGAAAAAUCGGUAAGAAUAUGGGUAAAAACUUUAGUAGCAUCUAAAGUAGUCGAAUUAGUUGUUCACUUGAGUGGCUAGGUGUCCUUUUUAGAUGUCUGAUAGUGGCUUCUGUAGAGGUGGUUUCAGCGUCCUCUAGGAGUAGUUCUCGAGGAACCUCUUAAGUGGGCACUAGAGUAUCUCUGGAUGCACCAAAGUGAAAUCCUGAAAGUCUCCACCUGCAAAUAUCUUAAUUUUCAUGAAAGGGUAUCUCAAAGUCAAAGAUAGCUAGAUGAAAAUCUGCUUCUUGCUAGAAAAUAGGAAGUCAUGAAGGUUCAAGACUUCCAGGGCACUCCUAUGACAAACGUUUUAGCGAAUUUCAGAGCUUGAAGUGAAACUAUCUUCCUUGUCAGUGAUGGCUGUCAAGUGAAAUUCCUGCUAGAUUAUCCCACUUUUAUAAACUUUCUUAGGUUCAAACAGACUAUUAACAUAGCGUUAGAUAAAAAACCGAGAAAGAAGUUUUUGACAUAGAAAAACUGGCCCUUGAUUGAUUAUAAAAGAUUAAAUUUUUCUCUCGAAUGAAAUUUAUUCGAAAGUUAAGUUAUUUUGCAGUUGACAAAAGACAUCAAGCCGGAGCAGAUUGAGAAAUUCAAAAAAGCUUUCGCAAAGUUGCGCCAGACCGAAACGGACAUCGGAACUCGUCAAAACUAUAUCCGAGAAGGAAUGAAUAGGGACAAAGCUGCCACUUUGCCCGAUCCAUCUUUGGAAAAUUGA